AUGCGAGUACCUGGUGAAGUAGCACAGCUUCUGUCAUAUACCACUACGCUCGACUGCCUGUCCAUAUGGCUCGUUCAGAUUGCCAGGUCCAAGCACGUAAGCCUUCUGAAAGAGUACUUUCGUACUGUCGUGCCUGUUGUCCAAGAAAAAUAUAUAAACCAGCCUAUCACGCAACCGAUCCCCAAGCUCGUCUGGCAUCUUCUGCAGAGUCAGAGAACUAUGACGCUGGGAACGAGAUCACAGACGGGAGAAGCAAACACCAAUGUUAUCGGGAACUUGCAAGACGCUAUUGGAACCGCACUAGACACUAGCUUUGACAUCAUCUUCUUUCUCGUCGGCGUUAUCGAACCCGAAAUUCUUAAGAAUAUCCUCACUGUCAAACCUGCUAUACGCGAGAAAGCUUGGAAAAGCCUUCCAUCAGAGCUCGACCGUCGGACGUACAAUGACCUAAUUGCCUGUCUCUGUCAAGCGGGUUUUACACUACCUCCACGAUUUCCAUUGUUUAGGCCACCAAUACACUCUCUUUACGAUGCCUGCGAGGUCGGAUCUAUAACUGAAGCACAAAAGCGUCUGCAAGAAGGGCGGGAGAAUGUUGAUAUGCUGGGACCUCGAAACCGAACUCCCUUACAUGCAGCCGCGCAACAGGGCCACCUGGAAAUUGUUAAGCUACUUGUAGACUACGGUGCAGACAUGAUGGCUACCACUUUCUUUGGCAGCACAGCAGAGAAGCUUGCAGAGAAAUAUCAUCAUCCAGCAGUUGUAGGGUUCUUAAAAGCAGCUCGGCGGCAAUAA